CCAGAAACCAGGAAGGGAAUUGAGUUGAUCUGCUGGCGCUUGGUUAGCGCAUACGGGGCUUUGAGCAGCACGACAGUUAGAGAGAGAGGGAGGGAGAGGAGGGCUGACCCAUAACAAGCACCACCACGGCCAUCGCAGACAGGCAGACGGACAGACGGCAGGACGGACACGCGGGCGGCGGCUGUGAUUGGCGGCUCUGCGGCAGGCUGGUGGAAGAUGUCGUUGGGAGCCGGCGGAAGGGGCGGGCGGCGGCUCAGGGGCACUGGGGGUGGAGGAGGAGGGAGAGGGGAGGUGGCGGAGGAGGGCCUGGUGGGCAUCCCCUUCCCCGAGCACAGCGCUGACAUCCUGGGCAGCCUGAACAAGCAGCGCCUCAGCGGCCUGCUGUGUGACGUGCUCCUGGUCAACCAGGAGAAGGAGUUCCCCGCCCACCGCUCGGUCCUGGCCUCCUGCAGCCCCUACUUCUACAAGCUGUUCACCUCUGGUCCAACUGCCGACCAGCAGCACGUCUACUCCAUCGACUUUGUGGCGGCCGAGGCCCUAGGCGCCUUGCUGGACUUUGCCUACACAGCCACGCUGACCGUCAGCCACAGCUCCGUGGGAGACAUCCUGGCCGCUGCCCACCUGCUGGAGGUCUCGCCCGUCCAGGAAGUCUGCACUCACCUGCUGGACACCAAAGUGCUCUCCCCGCCGGCGGGCAGUGAGCGAGGAGAAGAAGAGGAUGAUGAUGAGGAGGAGGGGAAAGGUGGAGGAGGAGAGGUGGAGCAGGGGAAUCGGCUGCGGGCCCAGGAGUAUCUACAGUACUUCCAGAGAGGGGCCCACUGGAGCAGCAGCUGCAGCACGCCAGAGCUCAGGGACAUGCCCACAAACCUGCACUUUAAUCAUGGCAAUGGGGCCCAAAGCAACGGGGCCCCCGGGGGCCCCAGAGAGUACUACUCUCCCCUGGACCUCGCCCUGACCCAGGCCCCCACACAGGACCCUGAAGAUGAAGAGGAUGAGGAGGACGAAGGGGAAGUGGAGCACUCUGAAAGUGGCAGGGACAUGCUGGCCUGGGCCAGGGGUAACGGAGGGGUGCCAGGGGCCUCUUUCUACGUCCCAGCCCAGAACGGACAUUUUUACCUCCCAACGAAGCCCAAACUGGAGACGGAGGAAGAGGGGGAGGAAGAGGGGGGGCGGGAUGGAGAGAGGGGCGCGGCCAGCGCCCUCCUGCAGAAGAUGAUGGACUCCAUCGAGAGGCAGAAGGAGCGGGCCGCGGCCGGGGAGGAGCUGGGGGAGGGAGAGGACCCGGACGUGGAGUUUUACUUGAAUUACUUUAACAGCACGCAGCACGAAGAUGCCGCUGCCGCCGUCUCACAGGGACUGCUGCCCCUCUGGACGGCACGGGGCGGCUCUAGCCGAGAGAGAGAGAGGGGGGGAGGAGAGAGGGGAGGAAAGGGAGGAGAAGAGAGAGGGGGCGGAGGGGAGAGGAAGAUGCGCUCCAAGGCCUUCCAGAAGUGCCCCAUCUGCUCCAAGGUCAUCCAGGGUGCAGGCAAGCUACCCCGCCACAUCCGCACGCACACGGGAGAGAAGCCCUAUGAGUGCGCCAUCUGCAAAGUGCGCUUCACCAGGCAGGACAAGCUCAAGGUUCACAUGCGUAAGCAUACGGGAGAGAAGCCUUACCUGUGUACGCAGUGUGGUGCUGCGUUCGCCCACAACUACGACCUGAAGAACCACAUGCGCGUGCACACAGGCCUGCGGCCCUACCAGUGCUCCAGCUGCUUUAAGACUUUUGUGCGUUCAGACCACCUGCACCGCCACCUCAAGAAGGACGGCUGCAACGGGAUCCCCUCCCGCCGCGGCCGCAAGCCUCGUGUGCGGGACCCCGGGCUCCUGGAGGUCCCUGUGGGGCUGGCGGGCCCCGGCCCUCGGAGUGGCAGGGGGAGACGGCGCAUGGAGGCGGCUUCAGCUGCGGCGGUGGAGGGGGCCUCCAGGGCCCAUGCACACAGUCCUCAGCCCCAGGAGAUGGCAGGGGAGCCGGGGGACUGAGACCGAGAGGGACGCUGGACACCAUAUUCAUACUGGGACCCUGAGGGGCCGCCACCGAAACCAAGGGAGAAAAGAACACGCUAUGAACAACGGCAAACAAAAUAAACAUAACAACUAACUAUUCCUCUAUAUACCAAAUCAGGGUGUCACCAAUCUAAUAUUUUCCGUUUAUUUUAUCCCUUUGCUUUAGGAAACAGAGUAGACACACACGAGUCAGCGUUCUGUUAAAGAGCAAAGAACGCUUCAAAUCACACCUCCAUGAUGUCUCCUUUCUGGGUCAUUUCUGUCUCAUCUGGGUUUCUGUACAUUUGGCAAAAGUGCUUAAGCUUAUGUAUAACCAAACAACAGAAAAACCUGAGAAACUAUGCAGUUAAAAUAGAUUCUAUUGGUUUGGACUUCAUAGCCUUCAAACUUUGAGGUGUCUCACAUCUAUUGGCUGCUGCAUUGUGAACGGAGUGUGAUCUCUCAUAUUCAGAUGGAAAGCAACCGAUCUUUUUCUAUUCUUUAGCAUUUCUACAAUGUACAGUUACUAUAGAAAUAGUAGUAUUGUCAGAAUAUGACAAUAUAUGCAAGAUUAACUCAACCACACCUCUGAUGCAGAAAUAAUCAUUGUUUUCAAAUGCUCCAGAAAGAAUCAGACAAGGAUUUGAUUUAAGUGUCACUUACUCUUUAAAAUAUAUUUUUAAAUCUAUGGUUCAUCUUUUUAAAAUGUUAAAUGUCGAGUUGAAUCCACGUUUGGGGGGGCUCUUCCAUUGCAGGGGUAAGGACCGCAAGAGCAGGGGGUGUGUUUCUAAAGCACUACUAUGGUCAUGUUGCCAGGUGACCACGUCGUUGACUACCAAUCACAACCCUGACAUUUCAGCCUUUCUAUUUUCUUUUUGAUUUGUCUUAAUUUUUUUUCUGUUUGUUUGUUUCUUGUUUGAGUUGACUGCUUCGGGUACUUGACACUUUACAUUUGUAUACAUGUAGAUACGUUAGGCGGUGAUUAUAUUGGUCCCUUUUUAAUGCUGAGAUAUAUUAGCCUACCGAUUGGGGUUUCCUUCAGCUUGAUGUCAGAUUUCUCACAGAGUGAAGCUUGUGGGUCAAAGAGAAAAGAAACUGUAUGAAUGUUAGAGUAUAUUGAAUUGAGAAACCCAUUGGUCCUAAACUUAACACUUGAUUGAGAUUUAUAGAGUUGCUGCCCAAAGAAAGAAGAGUUACUAGCUAUGUGCUUAACUUUGUGCAGUUCUGACAGAAUCUUCCCUGGCGUGAGGAGAGAGGGCAGUGUCUAACCAACAGCAGGUUGAAAGAGACCAAAAGCAGGGAUAGACAGAGAUGAGAUGAGCACCUUUUUUAUACGUUUGCACAGCUUUACUAAAGAUAUCCAACAGAGAGAUGUAUAUUUAAAGGGGGUCGUCAGGGAAAGGAGGUGUGUAAUAGUGCGUAUUCCAAUCUUUUUUUUGUCCUGGGGACCACGAAAACCACGAGGCAACCUGUGUGGUGAAGAGAGCAAUAAAUACCUGUCCAAGUUGAGAGGCCAAAUAAGUGCGCAGCUGGGUGUUGGGGGAUGGGUGGCGAGGGGAGGGCGAGUGGAGGGGGAUUUCACAAUGUCUGUUGCAUUCCAAAAUAUAAUCUCCCUGGCACAGCCAUGUUUCCAGGCAGAACGGGUUCAAAUCAGGCCUUCUCUCUCCCACUUUAGUCCUCCAAUGCCCCAAAACCAGCCUGUGGAGGGCAGGGUAUUAUAUAGCCCUGGGUAGAGAAGGUCUACUCAGUGGCUGACUGGACUGCUGCUGGGUGUUUGUGUGUGUGGCAGCCAGGGUCUUUUCUCUGGCCACAUCAGUGCAGUGUGACUCACUCACAGACGGGCUGGGAGUGUCAGCAGCUCCUCCAGUUGUGGGCACGUUCAAACACGCUCCCCAAACUGCUGGCGCACUAAAAACCAGGCAGACACUAAAGUGGGCGAAAAACACGAGGGCAGCCACUAGGUGUUGCUCUACAGACUUAUGACGUGUGUGGGCCACUGGCUCACAUACAUCUGGACAUGUUUGUCUUGGUCAGUACACUCUUAACCACACAGAGGAGAGGGUGCCGUGCCAGUGACUUAGAUCCAAUUCCCCUGCCAUUGCUGCAAUGCGGUGUCCUGAGUAUCAGUCCUUUGCACCUUAAUGGGAAAGAAGCAGGUUCUGAAUGCACUUUGUUACUGAGAAGGGCACUUUUGUCAAAGAAACGGGUACUUUGAAACAAAGUAAGGCGAAUGAGCUUAAUAUCCCCAACGCAAGUGCUGCCGUUAAGCUUGUUUUCUGGUUUUGUUCAGUUUUUGACGACAAGCUGCCAAAAAAGAAAGAAAUGUAUGUGCGUUUUGGAUCUCUUAAGAGAAUUCAGGCAGGUUCAGAAAUUAACAUGUUGGGUUUUGUGACCAUACAAACUUUUAAAAAUACAAAAUAACCCCAUGUAACUGAUUGCACUUGAAGUUAAGUUUUGGUUUAAAAAAAAUAUAUAUAUAUAGUCUAUAUUCAUGUCUUAAUGCAGAGCAGGGGACGAGUGGAGGGGGCGGGGCCGGAGUGUGUGUGAGUGGUUGUGCAUGGCUGGAGGGUCUCAGGGCAAGCCUGGAUAAACAAACUAUCUCCACCCAUCUGUUCACCAGCUCCCCUCUCAUAGCUCCACAUAUUAUCGCAGGGAAGAAAACACAGUCAGACACCAACUCCAACUGCACGGCAGUUCCAUCAUACACAUACUAUUUUCCAAGUAGUGGCUAACUAAGGGGUGUGUGUGUGUGAGUAUUCUUGAAACAUCCACACACCCUAAACCAUCUUUUCCAUAGCUUUUCACCGCUUUGUAUUCUGUUGCAAUCUUUAUUUCCCUGGGAUUUGUUAUUGAGCAGUUUGACUCCUUUUAGAUGAAUGUAUUCAUUAGUCUGUCAGUGUGGACAUCUACAAUGAUCAAGUCAAAUACUAGGAGGUAGUAAGGGGUGGUUGAUAUGUAUAGCCUGAAUGCCAGGAGCUCGGUGUAGGGUCAUGUAUAUGCACAGGUCUGAUGAAAGCCAUAGUUCGGUAAGGUGUUAGGCUUCUAAGUUACCCCUCCCAAGCAUAUGUAACCAUUUAAACGGGUGACAUUCUUGGGCCUUAGUAUUGUGAUUUCAAGUUGUAUUCCUAUUUUAUUUCUUUAUUCUUUGGCUAAGCCAAAAUUGACCCAGAUUGCACAUAGGACACUCUUAUAGAGAUAUGCCCUAGUUGCUCUUCAUGUCUGGUGUAUAAUAUGAAGGUAUGAAAGUAAUCCCAGACAUUAUAUCUAGAAUGAGACUGCCUCUGACCAAGCCACACACCAACGAAGCCCACCCCCUCGAUAUGUAUGCAGCAAAUUGUGUGGAAUCAUACACCACAUUUACUUGAGUUCACAUUUCUCCCUUUAUUUCUGUGGACUUUACAAUGGUGGAGAUGGAAUAGCUUGUCCUUUAUGUCUUUAUGUAAAAAAAACAAAAAACAUCUUAAAGGUUCUGCUACAGCAUUCCUUCUUUUUCUAACCAACUUUAUGGCUGUUUUUGUGUGGGUGGGGGUCAGGGUAUGGGAUGUGGUUUAGGGAGGGUGGUGUAUUUUAUGAGGUCGGGCAGAGGGGUGUUUUGGGUGGGGUUGGGGAUAUAAAGCCUGAUAGCACUGGAAAUAGUGCUAUAGCUGAGACAACAAGAGUUUGCACUAAAGUCAUGUCCUUGUCCUGCUAAGGGUAGGAGGGCAUGAGACCUCAGCAAGGCCCUUGAGUUUCCAUGAGCACAGAGUGUUACACACUCAGCGGUCCAACACACAGAGGUCAUCCAUUCCCCUAACCAGCAGACUUGAUCAUGUAAAGGUUCUUCUGAGAAGUAUACCAACAUUAAUUAACCAAACCAAAGCAGAAAAAUACUUUGAUAAGUCAUUGCACAUUUAAGAUGUCUUAUCAUGUUGAAUGUAUACAGCAAAGCCUGAAGGUGCUUUGAAAGUUGUAGAAUAGUUCACACAGAGGAGACUAAAGUCAUGUAACUACAGCGAAUCUGAAACUCUCCAUGUUUGAAAUGUUGUAAACAUUCAGACCCUAUAUAUAACUUAUAUAGCUACCUCUGGGAGGUAGUAUGACAACCCUCUGAGCAGUGUGUUCAGCAGCAGUAUCUAGAUAAAUUCAGGUGUCCUUUAAGUAGAGUGAGUGUUCUCUGGGACUCUGUGGCCUUGUCUGACGACUAAGCUUUGUUUAAUGGGUCGAGUAGCAGUCUGGGGCUCUGUUUGUCUGUCUCGCCAGGUGGACAUGGGAUAUGGGUGAGAACGGGACUUAAAACAGAAGGAAAGCAAGAACCCCUCCCUCUUUUUAAUUGUAGAACACCUUAAUCUAACUUCCUAAUGGUUAGUUAAAACAUGUGGAUGUUGAGGAGUGUGGCUGAAAAUGUCUGGUGAGCCACUCUCAAUCAAACUCCCACUGUAUUGUUUGAUCAAACUACUAUGACUUACUUAUAAAUGUAAGAAGAGGUGAACCUAUGAACUAAUUGUUCUACUGGUUGAUGUUGUGGUGUAGUUCUCUGCUACUUCCUUGCCCUAUGUUCCCAUGGUCCCACUCCUGGUGAGACCUCCCAGGCUCAGCCCCUGACCUCUGUUACUCCGACACACGCUACACUGACAAGGUGUCUCACAACUCCUUCAAGAAAAUACUUAUUGUUGGUGUUUAUCCAAAUCAUCCUGAUGUUUUGUUCCUAAGUUAUUAAGAAAAAGAAAAGAACAUGUCUGAAAGCAUUAAAAACUACGCAAAACAUUUGAUAACAAUUAUAACUGUAAUAAUCAUAGAACAGGAGUGGGUAAUGGUGGUGGAGGAUAUGUUUUGUUAGUGGUGCUGCACACCUGAAUGUCCAGGCUGGUGAAGCACAGCAAGCUGAGGAUGACAUAUGUAGUAUGGCACAAUGCACAGCGUGGCUCUGGCACUGGCACAGCUAUCCCUGGGGCCUAUUAGAGGCUAUUGGCUGGUUGGUCGGCCAGUUUACUGUAGGAGUCACUAUCUACAUCAGUGGGGUACAAUGGUUUGCAAAAAGUGGGAGAGACCAGAUCAGGGAAGUUGUGCUGUGCAAUGGUUCAGGUUGCCCCUUCUUGUUGUGUUUCACUGGGAAUUAUAUGAUGUAGCAAAAUGGUGGACGAUAUAGGGGAGUCACAGAACUGGUGAUGGGGAAAUUACAGGGGAAUGUUGAUUAUCUACUUUUCUGUUAGUGCUUCUCAGGUGGAAAGCAACACUGCAAUGCAUUGCGUUUCAAUUUCUGUUUCUGUUCAGUUUGUGAUUUGACCCCAGUAACAUCCAUUUGUACAAUUGCCAAAUUGUACCAAUGUUUAACAAAAUGGUUCCCAGAACGCAGAGCGGGGAAACAGUUGGUUCCCCAUUGCCAUGUGACUGUGACCCCUAUUGCUUUACCUAAUGUUGAUUCAAUGGCUUGUCUGUGGGAGGGAGAGUGCUGAGAAGUCUGUGUUAAUCAGGUUGAAACAUGCAUAAAAGUAUCUGGGUAUGAGAAGCACAGAGGGGAGGGGAGAAGGGUGGGUUCUCUCUCCAGACCCUGGUUUCCAUAUCUCUAAAGACAGGCCUUUGAUUAGAGAUCACAGGCCCUCAGCAGGGGAAGCUGAGGGAGGGAGGGAAAAAGAGACUCACUUGUGGUUUAAAGCCACCAACCAAGAGAGAGGAUACAUUCCAUAACUUCAUACAGUAAUUCCCGCUUUUGAGUCUUGGCGUGGGGAGACGGAGGGGGUAGAGGGAGAGGAACAGUCAGCGUUUUACAGCCGAGUGUUUCAAUCUGUCCAUUCCACCUCCUACCACCCCCAGUCUGACAGACAGACAGACAGACAGGCAGGCAGUGAGCUCGGCCUCUCGAGGCUUGGCCGUCCGACUGCCUGUAUGUCUCAGCUUCUGCGAUUGUAACAAAGCACUUUGCGAAAGGCCAUCCAGAAUAUUGUUUGCUGUUUUUUGGGGGUUAUUACUAUUGUUAUUAUUGUUUAUUCUUGUUGAUAUUUUUAUUUCAUUAUGGAUUUUUAUUUAAAUGCAAAGCUACAUGAAAAUGAGAACUUGAAUAAUUGAUAUUUGGGUUGAAGUCCAUUCGAGCUACCGCCCCACUAGGCCAUACAUACACCUCUGGCAUACACACAGUCUCAGCUAAUAGAUGCAGCUCAGUGGGGAUACACUCGGAGUGAAAGGGUUUUAAGGCAAGGUCUCCUUCAUCUCCACAUACAAUCUCUUUGGAAAACAAGUCAUAUAAUCUCAUUGGGAGAGUUGCGCUGCACAGAAACUUCCAUAACAGUUGAGAAGCUUUCUGAGAAGGCUAACUGGGUAGUUCUACUUAAUGUCAAACAUGCAGUACUUUGUAGGUUUAAAGCUCAUUUAUUUGUAUCUCUCACGUCACUUACACAUACUGGUUCAUUAAUGUAUGUGGUGUCUCUUUGCUGUACAAUAGUGCCCCUUGUGUAGCUAGAGUAAAUUGUUGGAUCUGGUAUCCUCAAAUCAUUCUGAGACAUGAAAAUAGGAACAACCAAAUUUUUCAGUCAAAUCAAAAUUUGUUUUAGCAAAAUAGAGUAGUAUGCAGACAUGUAGCAGAAGUGUGAGGGAGAAGAGAGUGACUAUCCAUUGUAGAUUGAUUUCUAACUGUAAAAAUCACUAUCCAUCCAUUCUAGUUUAAAACGCUGGGGCAGCAGAGUACUCCCUGUCUGUCAGGCUUGGAUGCUAAAAAUCCUCCUCUUCAGAAAAGUCAUUUUCAUUAACAUUGUCUGUCAGUGUAUUUUGGAAGCUAUGCAGGGCUAUGCAGGGGAUAGGUGGUUCUGGAGAAUUUGCACUUUUGGCUACAAAAAUAAAUUGUAUUGUAUAUGAGACCACUAAAUCCACACCGUCUAAACCAUAUAAUUCCAUUUGUUUUGUUCUGUUUUUCUCUUUGUAAUAUAUCCCAAAAUGUCUGGCGUCCUUGGUUGAAAGAAAAUACGAUCUUUCUAUUAAAAAAACCCAAUGGUUGUGA